AUGUCACGCCCAACCUCGUUCCGCGAUGCUCAGUACCAAACCAACUUUGGCACUUCGGACGAGCGUGAAUUCUAUAAGUACUUACCGCCGUACCAUUUGAAAGCGCACGCCCUUCACCACAUCGGGCCCAUUACUCCGUCAAAGGAAUUCGUUGCCCGAUCGUCGGUGGAUCCCGUUCUGACGGCAUUUGCCCAACUGGGUACUUUACGACUGGAUGCCCAACGCACCCUGAUUUCGCUAUUCAGUCGAAACGAGCAGCACAUUCUUACCGAAGCCACCCGAACCCUAAGCCUUCAAGAUGACACCGACCACAAUUGCCGAGAUGAGUUAUGGCUCGGGAGCUGCACGGUUUCAUAUGAUCGCAGUUUCUGUAGAUCUGUCUUGAAACCCGUUGCAAAUGCGCAAGCUCCUAGUGACCGCGUCUUCGUUGUGCCAGACCUCACGCAGGAUGAUGAGUUCAAGGACCACCCGGAUGUCACAUCCUUUCCGAAUGUCAGGUUCUUAGCCUCUAGCCCUAUCAUUAGCCCAAAGGGUAUCGUGAUAGGUGCUUAUACAGUUCUUGAUGAUAAACCACACGAUCCGUUGGAAGCUAGUUUGCUGAAGUUUCUGGCUGAUGUAGGGGCCACUGUCAUGAAUUACUUGGAAACAAGCCGGGCAAGAAGCCAACAUGUCCGCAGUGAGCGUAUGGUGGUGGGCCUUGGAAGCUUUCUGGAGGGAAAGGGCAGUUUGCGCAACUCGUGGCUCAUCGAAAUUGAAGGUCACCACAGUGACAAAAAUAGCACAUCAGAGGGACAUGUCAACCAAGAACAACAAGAUAAGCAAGUUUCCCAUCAUGUCCAUUUAGCCAUGGCGCGAAAUGGUCCGUCUAGUCACGUACCUUUCCACCCAUAUAAUCUUCACAUUCCCCGGAGUCAGACAUCUCAGACUGUUGAGCAAAAGCAGACACCAGUGGUCACUGCAGAUACCAGCAAACGAGAUGCUAAGGCGCAAUCCAAGCUCGACCGGACAUCUCAGGCAGCCAUUACACAGGGUGAUGAACGACAAUCCCCGAGAGAUGAUUACACAGCUAAGGUGAAGGAAACCUUUUCGCGUGCGGCCAAUCUCAUUCGCGAGAGUAUCGAAGUUGAAGCGGUUGUCUUUUUCGAUGCCAAGUUUCGUUCUCAGGAGUCUUUGGUCAGCAACGCUAAAUCUGACACCGAGAGCAGUGGUGUUGAAAGCUCCUCGUAUUCUUCCAGUGAUGAUGAACCCAAAGAGCGAGACUCGCUUGGACAGCAGGUUUUGCUAGGAAGAGAACAAGAUGACCAUGCCGGGAAAAGCACGUCAAAUCCUUGCCAGAUACUUGGAUUUUCAACUUCGAAUGCGUCCAGCGUCAGCGAACAAUGGAUCAAAAAUAACGAAAUCGCAUUAUCCGAGUCUUUCCUCGGUGGGCUUCUGCACCGUUAUCCGCGAGGAAAGAUUUUCAACUUUGGCGAAAACGGCGCAAUCUCGUCUGAUGAAACCAGCGAUGGUGUUUUCAAACCCUUUUUCCGGCGUACUGGGGGCAAGAAGUAUAAAAAAACACGGAAGGCUCUAGUGCGUCAGGAUGCCGAAGCACUUCUUCAACUCGCCCCCGAUUCUCGAAGCAUCGUUUUCUCGCCGUUGUGGGAUUCACACAAAGGCAGGUGGUAUUCAGGCAGUCUGACCUGGACACGAUCACCCCAUCGUGUGUUCACAUCCAAUGAUGAAUUGGCGUUCCUUCUGGCAUUUGGAAAUAGUGUCAUGGCUGAAGUACAUCGACUCGGUGCCCAUUUUUCCGAACGGGCAAAGUCAGAUCUGCUUGCAGGGCUCAGUCAUGAGCUUCGAUCGCCUCUUCACGGAAUUUUUGGUACUGCAGAGCUCCUCAACGAUACUGUGAUUGAUGCGCUCCAGCGUGGCUUCGUUCAUACUAUUGGGGCCUGUGCGUUCACACUCUUGGGUUCAAUCAACCAACUGCUUGAGUAUGCCAGCAUUAAUGAUGUUCGGCCAAAUUCCCUCGGCAAAACACCUGGUGGAACCCACCGUAGAUCAUUCACAGGGCAUUCUACAGCCGAGCAGAGUCCAAACUAUGGGAAGGUCGAUGUCGACUCCUAUGUUGAACUCGAUUCUGCCGUGGAAGAUGUUCUAGAGACAGUAUUUGCGGGCUUUUCUUUUUUUGACAACUCACGUUCUCCGCUCCGGGGUAUUGCUGGGUUCGCGUCACCAAAAAAAUCAUUUGUGUCUCAACGAGGAGUAAAGGUCAUCCUCGACAUCGAUAGUGCAAAGAGUUGGAAGUUUUCAACCCGACCUGGCGCAUGGCAUGUGAUCCUCACGAAUGUCUUUGGGAAUGCCCUCAAGUUCACUCAGUAUGGGUACAUACAUGUCUCUUUGAAGGCAACCCCAGUUGAAUACGGAAUGAGUGGCGACCCCUCACGGUCAGAGGUCACAGUGAUUAUUAAAGACACCGGAUGUGGCAUUGACCCAGAUUAUCUCAAAAACGGGCUGUUCACUGCUUUCUCUCAAGAAGACAGCAUGACAACCGGUAAUGGUCUUGGGUUCAGCAUCACGCACCGGAUUGUCAAAUCGCUUGGGGGUGUCAUUCAGGUUAAUUCUCAGAAGGAUAUUGGCACUGAAGUCAUCACUACCGUGACUCUCGAUCACGUCUCCGAGCUCGAUACUACAGAGGGCCUGGAUACUCGCGUCCCUGUGCCAAUGACGAAAGCUCUUGUUCACGAUAAAACCAUUGGUGUGCUAGGCCUAGGGACCUCUGACCUAGACACUGCACUUUGUUUAUCCUUGCAAAAAUUGUGUCAAGAUUGGUUCGGCAUGAAUGUGUCCUUGGUUGUUCCGUCACAGACGCAUUUCGACCACUGCGACUUUUACAUUUCACCCCAUGAAUUCCUAGAUCUUGGCAAUUUGGAAAUCAAGCCCAUUGCCCCUAGUCCAAACACCCGAUUUACUUCACCUGUCAUUAUCAUCUGCUCAUCGCCAAGGGUUGCGCAUUCAAUGUCUGCAAACGCCCAGAGACGCGGGGAUACAGAGGUCCUUGAGUUUAUCAGCCAGCCAUGUGGGCCACGCAAAUUGGCAAACACAUUGGAAAUCUGCAUCAAGCGCCAACAAGAACGACUAGAUCUGUUGAGCGGCACACGAAGAAAACCAUCAAGGGCAGUCGACUCUUCGGCUACUGAUGAUGAAGGAAGUUUGCUUCUCAACACGCCAACUAGCGGUUUCAGCGAAGAUCCUAAGAUCGAUAUUCCAGAAGGCCAGUUUCUGAAAAAUUUCCUUGGAUCGCAAAAUUCGUCAGAUGAUGUGGUGGAUAGCCCUUAUAAAUCUCCGAUUGCUUCAGGGGACGACCCACUUGUCGCAAAGGAACUAGAUCUAGCAGUCGAGCCUCAACAGGUAGCACCUAUGACUGUUCUCCUUGUGGAUGACAAUGACAUCAACCUACGACUCUUAAUUGCGUUCAUGAAAAAGUUAAAAUGUGAUUACGCGCUUGCACAAAAUGGGGAAGAAGCCUUGGAAUUUUUCAAGGCUAAUGCCUCCAAUAUCAGCAUUAUCAUCAUGGAUAUAUCCAUGCCAGUCAUGGACGGCCUGGUAGCCACAAGGCGAAUACGCGAAUUUGAAAAGACAUUAGCGACUAAUGAUCGUGUCACGAUCGUCGCCCUGACCGGCCUUGCGCAAGCUGACGUGCAGCGCGAUGCCACGGGAUCCGGUAUGGAUUUGUUUCUGACAAAACCCGUGCGGCUGGACAGUCUCGUGCCAAUCAUCAAGGGCAUACUACCCAUAACCCAUCCCAUAUGGGAGGGUCAGAGGUGA